GUUUUCCUUAUCCCAAAACCAAAGUCGAAGCUCUCACUCACAGCAUCUCACUCACUUCACUUCUUCAAUGUCUCUUCUUCCUUCCAACCUCGUUCCUCUCCAUCUCCAAACUCUCCACCACCCUCCAAACCCUAACCGUGGACUCCCCUAUCCAAUCCCAAGGCUCCCUUAUCCCCGUUCCCAAACACCUCGAAUCCUCUGCGCCAAGAGAACCGGUAAGCAACGCUACCCGUCGGAGAAGAAGAAGCUGAAACAAAAGCAAAAGCAAACCCUAACCCUAACUCCGGUCGACAACAAAUUCGAAGGCGUUUGGAGGCUCUCCAAGCUCGGAGUUCCGAUUCACAGUGACCCCGGCAAGGACUUUCUCGGCGUAUCCCCGGGUUUGCUCCAAGAGAUUGCCAAAGUGAUCGAAUUCCCGGUUGCUUCUAUGCUGCCACAGGAUGCUUUCUCUGUUGUUCGGAAAUCUUUUGAUGCAAGGAAGAUGUUGAAGGAACCAAAAUUUGUAUAUACUGUGGACAUGGAUGUCAGUAAACUCCUGAGUCUCGAGCCUCGUACCUGGGAUUUCAUUUCUCGGUUGGAGCCUAAACUUGGGCUCAUAGACCAUAUGCCUAAUGAAAGAGCUUCUGGUGAUUUGAUUAGUAUAAUACAUGAUUCCAAAAAGAACCCCAAAGAUAUAGUGACAACAGAAAAUGGACAUAACAUUUAUUCUGGGUCAGAACAAUCAUACAAGUGCCCAACAAUCAAAAAGACAAAAAUAGCAGUCGUCGGUAGUGGACCAUCUGGCCUGUUUGCUUCUCUUGUUCUUGCAGAACUUGGUGCUGAUGUUACCUUAAUAGAAAGAGGUCAAGCCGUUGAACAAAGGGGGCGUGACAUUGGUGCCUUGGUAGUUCGCCGUAUUCUACAAAUGGAAAGCAAUUUUUGCUUUGGGGAGGGUGGUGCAGGUACCUGGAGUGAUGGAAAGCUAGUAACUAGAAUUGGAAGAAACAGUGGCAGUGUUCAGGCGGUUAUGAAAACUUUAGUUCACUUUGGAGCUCCAAAAAAUAUCUUGAUAGAUGGCAAGCCUCACUUGGGAACGGAUAGGUUGAUUCCAUUGCUUCGCAACUUUCGGCAACAUCUGCAAGGGCUGGGUGUCACUAUCAAGUUUGGGACAAGGGUAGAUGAUCUGCUUGUAGAGGAUGGACAUGUUGUAGGGGUUAGAGUCUCUGAUUCGAAAGACAAAUUACAGUUCAAUAGCCAGAAGUUGGGAUAUGAUGGGGUUGUUCUGGCUGUUGGGCAUUCUGCACGUGAUAUAUACCAGAUGCUUCUUUCUCAUAAUAUGGUCUUGGUCCCAAAAGAUUUUGCCGUUGGUUUGCGGAUCGAGCAUCCUCAAGAGCUAAUAAAUAGAAUACAGUAUUCUGCAUUGGCCACUGAGGUUUAUAAGGGACGUGGAAAAGUACCUGUGGCAGAUUACAAGGUGGUCAAUUAUAUUAACGGAGAGGAUGGGGGCCCAUCCUCCAAUUCAGGAGCAACAGGUCGCAAUUGCUAUUCCUUCUGCAUGUGUCCUGGUGGGCAGGUUGUUCUCACAAGUACAAAUCCAUCAGAACUCUGUGUCAACGGCAUGUCCUUCUCUCGACGUGCAUCUAAGUGGGCAAAUGCUGCACUUGUUGCGACUGUCUCUACAAAGGAUUUUGAAACACUAGGUUGCUGUGGACCUCUUGCAGGGGUUGAAUUUCAGAUGGAAUUUGAGCGCAAAGCAGCUAUAAUGGGCGGGGGAAAUUUUGUGGUGCCUGUCCAGACGGUUACUGAUUUUAUGGAAAACAGGUUAUCAGUAACAUCUGUGCCACCAUCAAGUUAUCGGUUAGGAGUGAAGGCAGCAAAUCUCCAUGAGCUAUUCCCAAUUCAUAUCACAGAGGCUUUGCAGCACUCGAUCUCAACAUUUGACAAAGAGUUGCCAGGAUUCAUAACCAGUGAGGCCCUUCUUCAUGGAGUGGAGACCAGAACCAGCUCUCCCAUCCAGAUUCCCCGCAACACUGAUACCUAUGAGAGCACAUCAUUGAAAGGAUUAUAUCCAGUUGGUGAAGGGGCAGGGUAUGCUGGUGGGAUUGUAAGUGCAGCAGUUGAUGGCAUGUUUGCAGGUUUUGCAGUGGCAAGAAAUUUUAAUUUGUUAGACAGUUGCAUAGAAUCUUCUUUGGGCAAGGCUCAGAGUGCUGGAGUUGUGAAGUACUAGAAGCCAAUUUGGUUGUUUCUUCUGUAACUGAUGCUAGCCACAAGAGAAAAGGUUGGUAAUCUACAUAUUGAUCCCAAAUAGCCAAGAUAGGUAGUGGUUGGGGUUUCAACUUCAGCUUCCUAUAUUGUUAACCUCUUGGAAGAGUCUGAACUGUUUCAAUUUGAACCUAACAGUUGGACUUGAGAUGAAAAAAAUCAAGGAAUCAUGUCUUUUGGCGUCCAUUAGACAUCACUGUGUCCAUUGCUCCGGUGAUCAUGAAACAGUUGAGUUUAGUAAUUUGCUUGGAGUAUACUACUGAAGAGGAUCCUAGGGUCAGUUGUGGGAGAGCAUAUUAGAAGUCAUGUUGAUUGCUAAUCUGACACGAUAGUUGUUCUCUAACCACAUGGAAGUUGCAAAGCAAAGACGUCUCAAGCAAGCUGGACUUGUGAAAGAAUUUUGUAAAAUUUGACUUUGUUGCAGUUUACAACUUAUAUCAAAAUAUUGAUCACUUGUAAAUUAGGAAGUAGCAUUUAAUCAUGUGGACAUUUUGAUCGUAUGGCAACAUUUAUUAGAUGCUAUGAAGGUAGAGGUUUGCAUUUAGCAAAAGUGAAGAAGGGUGGAAGAAGAAGAAAUGUAAAGUUUUGCAGAUCAAGGAGUUUUUUUUUUUUAAUAAAUAUUUUUUCUCCCAUUAAGUGAACUAUAAAGCAGUAGCGUUGACACGUUCUCAUCAA